AUGGACACUAUCUUGAUCUUCCAAGAAGCUUACGCAGAUAAGUUAGUUUUACGCAAUUCCAUAAUCACGAAAGUCAAGAGUCAAAUUAAUGAACACACAGAAAGGCAGACAGGUUCGUUCGAAGAAUUUGGGUUAACAAAUGUUAAUGAAUUAUUUUUGGGAUCCAUCAAAAACGUAAGCAAUGAUUUGAGCUUUGAUUGUCAUAAUACUCAUAACUUAUAA